AUGCUCGCCAGCGUCGACACCAGCGCCUGGGUCGUGUUCAGCGCCACCGCCGCCGAGGCCCAGAUCGCGGGCCCGCCGGUCGAAUACGGCGCCGAAGAACAGACCUACGCCACGGAUCUGCGCCAAUGGUUCCAGGAGACCGGGAUGGCGAUGGUCGCGGACCAUCAGCUGCAGACGUCGAUCGAGCGCGAGAGCCGCGGCACCACCCCGCCCAGCGAUGCAGGGAGCGUCCACUCCGAGGCGACGGGGGACGGCGAGCCGCGAGAAGCCUCAGGCUCGGUCUCGACGGCUGCGAACAACCCCCGCGGCGGCUCCUCGCGGCGCAGGAAGUCGCACCGUCGCAUCACGAUCCACGAGCUGCGCGAUGGCCGGCGCUACGCCGAGGUGGGCUCGCCCACGAGUCGGGAUAGUAUCCAUGAACUGCGCGAUGGUACUGUGUACGCCAACCCUCUCAGUUAG